UCCCGCUAAAAAAAUAAAAUAAAAUUCCUGAGACUCGAAUAUCCUACAAUGAAUUACUUUGAUAAACCUUCCUGAGAUAGUCUUCACAGUCUUCAGACCAUAAAACCCCCGAAGCCCUAUCACUCCAACCCUUCGAAUGUCGAUUCAAAAACCCCAAACCUUAGAAAAUGAGAUCUCGGAAUAUCCCCAUAAAAGCCGAUCGGAUCACUCCCGUCUCGCCAUUGCUGCCGUCGCAGCAGCAAACGCGGCGGAAGUCUGCAGGGACCAAGUGUUGGAUCGUGGUCUCGGAUUCCGGUGAGUCCCACCUCGAAGAGGUUGGGAAGUACUCGAUCAUGCGGCGGACGGGCCUGCCGGCCCGUGAUCUGAGGAUCCUCGAUCCCAUGCUGUCGUAUCCAUCAACGGUGCUUGGGAGGGAGCGGGCCAUCGUCGUCAAUCUGGAGGACAUAAAGGCGAUCAUCACUGCGACGGAGGUGUUGGUGCUGAGUUCGAAGAGCCCGUUGGUUUCGGCUCUUGUCGAGGAUCUUCGGUACCAUGUGUUGAAUCUCCACAGGACUCCUCGACAGGCAGCUGAGAGCAGCGAUACUGACAUGGGGGUGACAAACAAGGGUCCAUGGUACUCUCCAUCAUUUCUUCCUCAUUAUGAGCCAGAAAGCCCUUCUAGCGUGGGAAUUUCUCAACAGCGUCAUGUUUCAUUGGAAAAUUCUAUGAUGAUCCCUGAAAUGAAAGACUGCAGUCCUAGGCCUUCUACCAUGAUCCCUCAAAUGAAAGACUGCAGUCCUGGGUCUUCUACCAUGAUCCCUGAUAUGAAAGACUGCAGUCCUAGGUCUGACUUGGAUGGGCCCAAGGAUGGGUGUCCCAAGGUGCUACCUUUUGAGUUCAGCGUGCUUGAAGUCUGUCUUCAAUCUGCUUGCAAGUGCCUUGAAUCCGAGACUUCCAUACUGGAGAAAGAGGCUUAUCCUGCUUUGGAUGAAUUGACCUCUAAAAUCAGCACACUUAAUCUCGAACGUGUUAGACAGAUAAAAAGCCGCCUAGUCACAAUAUCUGGGCGUGUCCAGAAGGUGAGAGAUGAGCUUGAACAUUUGUUGGAUGAUGACACGGAUAUGGCUGAGAUGUAUUUGACAGAUAAGCUUGAUCAUCAGCAAUAUGAGGAGACCUCCUGGAGGGAUGAAGUAGAUGAUGAUGCAUUUAAAAUAGAUGAUGAAAUGGAUGAAGACUCUAAGAGCAAGGCCAAAAGCAGCUAUAUAAGCUCGAAUGGUUUUAAGCCGAAUAUUGAGGAGCUAGAGAUGCUUUUAGAAGCAUACUUUACACAAAUAGAGGGCACCUUAAGCAAAUUAUCAACUGUAUCAACAAUAAUAUUGGCGAUAUCGAUAAAUGUUUCCAUAUCCCCAGCCAACAAUACAUGUAACGAUACUGAUGCUACAAACAUUGUUGAUGUACCAUCAUCGCAUAUUGAUGUCCAUCCAACAGUUUUGUUCCACUGGGUAGUCUCCAAGCACCAAAAGAAGGCCACUUCACUUAUCUGCUGCGGGAGUAUGUGGACGACACCGAGGAUUAUAUAAACAUAAUGUUGGAUGACAAACAGAAUCAGCUGCUGCAGAUGGGAGUGAUGCUCAGUACAGCCACCUUGAUAACGAGCAUGGCCAUUGUUGUGGCAGGCAUAAUGGGCAUGAACAUCCAUAUCGACCUGUUUGAAACUACACAAG